UCCGAAACGAUUAGUCCGAAAACGAAAUAUAUAUUAUUUAAAGAUUGAAUGUUUAAUCAAUUUUCUCAAUAUUUCAUGUGAUCAGUCGUUGUAAAGCAGAUUUGUUUUAUCAAGAGUGCACAUUAUCUAUGGCAUCCCGAAAGGCACCUGUGGACAUGUACACAGUGGCCCAGGUCCCGGGCUACAAAACUGUGAUGAGAGCAGUUCUCAAGGCACAAAUCCAUCAUUUGAUUGUACAGCUAUCCGAGAUUGGUGGUGAAGAUUCUGUCCUUCUAACAGCCAGUGUGGAGAAUGGUACACUUACUCAUCUUGGCUCAGAUGUGGCUGAAAGCUUCCUGGAAGACCAUGAUAAUAUUAAGACUGAGUUUCUGGAUCACUGUAUAAAAGCAAAAGAAUGGAAACCACUAACAAGUAGAAACAGCAACAAGAAAAAGCAAGCUGCUGGAAUGAAAACACCGACUUCCUUGGUCUCGAAACCCAAAACUACAACCCCGGCCCGCAGCUCACCUCGACAAGUUAAAAGACGUGCACCGUACAGCUUCAACAUGGACGGAACACAAGGGAUGUCCCCAGUCAGGAAAUCAAACAGACCACAGACAUUAAGAACUGGAAUAGGACAAUUCAAUGUUGCUAUUAGUAAGUCCGAUAAUGAUGACCGGGAUCAAGCAUUUGAUGAAGUUGAGGGUUAUAAAAUUGUGAAAGAUAUUAAAGAGGAGGAUUUUGAGGGGAGUGAUGAUGCUGAUGAUAAGAAACAAGUCUCAAUGAUGAACAAUGAUGAAAUAGAAGGUGACAGUGAUGAUGAUUAUAAUGAAGGGGAUGAUGAUAAUGAUGUAGCGCAUGCUGCCAUGGGAGAUAAUGGUUCUGAAUUAUCUAUGGACACGACAAAUUAUGAAGCAAAUGCUGAUGAUGAUGAAGAAUAUGUAGAUACGAGAACAGUUUCCAAGUGUCAUGUUUGUGAAGACGAGUUCUACAGUCAAGCUGAACUAAGGCGGCAUUUCGUAGACCACCAUCCUGACUCCAAGCCAUAUAAAUGCGAGGUUUGUGGAAGAUGUCUUGGCACAAAAAGGGAUCUUCGUUGCCACAUGCGUACUCACACGGAUGAGAGACCAUUCCAGUGUGCUACAUGUGGGAAGGCAUUCAAACAUGGCAAGCAUCUCAAAGAUCAUGAGCUCAUCCACACUGGUGCCAAGCCAUUCAAAUGUUUGGUAUGCAAGAGGACCUUCCGACACAAGCAUACACUUAAAAUGCACUCUUUUAUUCAUACUGGUGAAAGGCAGUUCAUGUGCAUGGUAUGUGGUCAGCGCUUUAAAUCAAGAGGUUGUCUGAAAAGUCACGCCCUCACUCACACGGAUAUUAAGCCAUUUGUUUGUGAAAUAUGUGAAAGACCAUUCAGGAGAAAAAGCCAGAUGCGACAACACCAGAACAUUCACGCCAAGGCUUCACAUGUGGCUGUGGGUGAACAGGUUAUCGUAGAACAGGUUGUCUUCCAUGACAACCUUCCUGUUGAGGUAUCCCUGGAGAUUGAUAAAGAGACACUUGAAAAGCAAUAACUGUUACUGAUAGAAGCAAAAUAUAAUUCCAAAAAUUAUGAUUCUGACAAAUUUUUGCAUUGGAGGUGGCACCAGAGACCAAAACGAUAUAUUAAAAAUGACCGAUAAAAAAUACAUAAACUAUAUUUUUCCGUACAAGGCAUGUUUUACGAUAAGUUUUGGCAGCAAGCAGACACUAGGGACAAAAAUUGCUGGUUAUGAUAUGAGAUUGACCAACGCAUUCUAAAUAUAUCUGUUUCAUUGCAAUGAAAUGUUUAAAGAUAUUUUGUCAAGUGAGGAAUAGGCAAGGAAAUUGCUUAAGAAUAUGUGACUUUAUGUAUAUGCAAACUAAAUAAUAUUUCUAUACAUUUCUUUAUAUUGCAGUGUUGACCAAUAUUUUGGCUUUGAUAGUAGUGAUUAUCAGUAUACUGUGGUCACUCAGAAAACGCCCAACUUUAAGCUUUUGAGUGGAAAUCAUUUAUGUUUAUUGUCAACAGUUACAUUCAUAGUUAUACAAACAUUUCAAUAUUUACUUAUAAAAGUCUGAUAUGUACAACUGAUUGUAAAGAAUGCUGUAUGUUCUUGUGUACAUAAUAAACAGAAAAUUGUGGAUGUUAACCUAUGAUAAAUCAUAAAAACAAAUUUGAUAAUAAUUUAUUAUGUAAAACAAGCAGGCUGUGGCUCAGUUAUAUAAUACAGUUUAAGUUAAAAAUAUGGACAAUAUUAUAUUGACUGCAUGGUUCUAGUUGCAUGACAAAAAUGAAAUACAUAGAAUUUCGCCUGAUUUUUCAUCGAACAAAA